UUGAAGUGACAACGACAAAAUUGAGAAAUAUGGAUGAAGAAUUAUUUAGCCAAGAGAAUGAAUAUGAAGAAUUUGUGGCGAUACGUAACCAGUCACCACCACCGGAAGCCGAAAUACCCCUAUCAUCACAAAGAAGAAGGUUUCAAGUUUCAGCGCCAUACAAUGUUCAGCUACGACACAGCAUUCUACAGCCAGACAACCUUCAACAGCAGGACACAGUAACUCAAGGUAUUAAGGAAAUCCUAAGAAACCAAAAGGUGCUGAUGACAAAGAAAAUGUUAUUGAUAAAGGUCUUCUAUUGGCUCAAAAACACACGCUGCGCGAAUGUAAGGUGGUUUUAGCUAAAGUCCAUCACUCCAUUGGACGAAUGGUAGGAGAAAUAGAAAAUCCCAUGCAAAUUGAAAUAGCGUCAAGACUACCAAUCUGCACACUAGACGGCGCGCUGACGAAACGAAAAUUUAUCUUCAACAAAUAAAAGGAGCAAAUGCAUCUGUAGAUGAGGUAAUGAGAAAAAUCUUUACCGACAAUGUCCUUUUUGUAUUUAAUUUUGAUGGAAGGAAACAAAAACGGGCGCUUAACAAGCUUAAACUUGUUAAUGAAGUUU